AGAAGAGGAGGGUGGGCAAGAUGGCGGCUGCUGCGGCUGGUGUGGGCCGGCUAGAGGAAGAGGCGUUGCGGCGAAAGGAACGGCUGAAAGCCCUACGGGAAAAAACCGGGCGCAAGGACAAGGAAGACGGGGAGCCCAAGACCAAGCAGCUCAGAGAAGGGGAGGAGGAAGGCGAGAAGCACAGGGAGCUCAGGCUGCGGAACUAUGUCCCCGAGGAUGAGGACCUGAAGAGGAGGAGGGUGCCCCAGGCCAAGCCAGUUGCCGUGGAAGAGAAGGUGAAGGAGCAGCUGGAGGCCGCCAAGCCCGAGCCCAUCAUUGAGGAAGUGGACCUGGCCAACCUCGCGCCCCGGAAGCCUGACUGGGACCUCAAGAGAGACGUAGCCAAGAAGCUGGAGAAGCUAGAAAAGCGGACCCAGAGGGCCAUCGCCGAGUUGAUCCGUGAGAGGCUGAAAGGCCAGGAGGACAGCCUGGCCUCUGCAGUGGACGCUACCACCGAGCAAGAGGCCUGUGACUCCGACUGA